AUGGCUUUUGGUCACAUUAGCUCCCUGUGCAGAGUUGUCAUGUACAUUGCUGUGCUGGUUCUUGGGCUUGGCCUCCAUGAUGUGGAGGCUUCCAAUGGGAAACGUGUCAUUCAUAAGAAAGUUGGAGAUACUGUGCAGCUUUCAUCAUAUUUACCGACUAAAGGUGUCACCACAGCGUAUUGGAAAUAUGGAGGUUUAGUAGUUGCAGACAAAGAUGGGAGUGUUUCAAAAAAACAUCAUUUUAAGGACAGAGUAGACUUCAACCUCACAAGCUUUAGCUUAACAGUGAGAAAACUGACUCUACAAGAUUCAGGUGAUUUCAGUUUCAUCUCAGAGGUGAACGAGCAGCAAAGGGGCACAGUCAUCAUCACUCUGCAAGUUCAUGAAGCCAUAACUCAGAAGCCUGACCUAAAAAUAAUCAAUGCCACCCACAAUGCCUUGGAUAAAUCCUGCACAGUUUUGCUGGAGUGCAGUGCCUCUUCUGACAGCACUGUCACCUACAACUGGACUGUGGGGAACCAAACCCGGACUGGACCCAAACUGCAUCAUGUCGUGAGAGAGGAGGAUGGAGACACCACAUUCACCUGCACAGUUUCCAACUUUGUCAGUGAGAAAUCUGCAUUCAGAACGUUUGAAUGUAACAAUGAUACUUCCUUACCACAAGAUCCACAAGAUGAAGGAUCUUCUCUUGUCUCACUGAUUAUUUGGCCGUUUCUUGGAAUUUUGAUGAUUCUGCUGUUGCUUGCGCUGCUGCACUUCCUAAGGUCGAAAGGUGAGGUGUUUUGUUGCUGAUGUUAGUUCGGUACGACUCUGAUUAUUCAAAAAAAUACUGAAACAACUUGUCUCUUUCACAGAUGCGCGGU